CACGAAUCUCGGGUUUCGGCGCGCGCGUCGCUGGCACCACACUCUGCAAAAACGUCCUCUAUUCCCGUCUAACGCGAGGAAAACACGUAAAAACAAAUUUUAUUUCUGUGCCCGCUAAAUUUAGGUAUGAAAACCGAAAGUAAUACGAGCGAUUUUGGUUCGACUCGCAGUUGUCUGUAUUUAGUUUAGUAGCGGUUGUCGGUGAUAGCACCCGGUGUGCAUAGUGCAGUGUUUCUGUGUAGUGUUGCUCUGAUGCUGUGAAGUGACGAUCAAGGGAUUUGGAUGUCACAAAUGCUGCCAGAAGGUGGAGAAGUGAUGCGCCGCGUGGCGUGCGCUGACGUGUGUCCCGCGCCGCCCGCGCCGCCGCACGCGCAUCAACCACACACCAGGUCAGAAAAUAAAGAACUUCUGAGGCAGCAGUUACUAUCAGCCAGCAAAGAGCGAUCGGAGAAAUCUGAACAGCCGAAACAGAAGCUCGUCAGAAACCGGCAGAAGAACCGAUGGAAACUCAAGUUCCACCACCAGGCGUUGCCGCAGGAGUACCUUGACCAUUACGAACAAAGUCUACAGAAAGCUAACGUUAAAAAACCCCAAAAACCUCCGGAAAAGCCAAAACAAGAACCCACUUUUGAUAUCAAUAACAUCACAAAUGAAACCUUCAAGAUCUGGGCUCAGAGGCUAGCGGGAAUUCAGAAUGAAACAGGAACGCUGACUGUGCCUACUCCAACAAACAUGGCUAAAGCUCCAAAUAAAAUCGACGACAAGAAAAAGAAGAAUCCAGCUAUCGCUCCAAGCAAGAUUAUGACUUACGAAGAUCUUCCAUACAUGGGCGAAAUGACGCUCAACAACUCCAAACCAAGGAGAGGACGAAAGCCGAAGAAAGCAGAUAUAUGCCAUCUCAUUUAUGAGAACUACGGAACAGUCGUGCCCGGGCAACCUCCCCCCGCUCAAGACAAAGCCAAUCCUCUCAGUUUAUGCUCACAAUUCAGGACAGACAACGUAACGAGCUCUUCUAAAACUGAUUUACAGAAUAAAAUAAUUUCUAAUUUAUUAGAACGGAAAUUGUGCGCUGAAAACAAAAGAAGACUGGAAACACUUUCUCCUCAAAGGUUCAAUAGUCCAGACGAACCGAUGCCCGAAGCACCGCUGACCAUCCCCGGGCCUCUCCACAGCGACGACGAGCCACUCAAUCUCUGCAUCAGAGACUUGCACGAAUUAAAAAUACAGAUCCAAAAGAAAUUCGGGAACAUUUAUACUUCAGCGCCAGAAGUCAAAACCGAGGUAGAUGCUGAUACCCAAGAGACUAUGGAGGCAGAAAUUAAGACUGAACAACCCAAUGCCAUAUCUGUUAUACAAAGGAAUACGAAUCUAUUGCCUUCAACAGCUAGCAGUUCCCCGGAUCUUUCGCGGCAGACGAGAAACGUGUCGCCGACCUUAUCUGAACCAGCUCAAUCCACUUCUUGCGCAGAUGUAGAUGGGAAAUUCCCCGGAUACGUUUACUGGCCUAACGCCGGCAUCUACAUGCAUCCAUUAGCUUUGCAGACACAACUGCUGUAUUACCAAAAGCUAGCUGCAGGACAAAUACCUUUAGAAGACCAGGACAAAAGUCCGUCAACACCAAACAGUGUAAGUGAAACCGCGUCUUCCGAAGCGAACUCUUCGUUAGAUGAAAGUAAAAAUAAAUUAGUGCUCAAACAAAUAUCUGAACUCUUAGACCCGAAAGUGAUAAAGCAAGUGGAAGAAGUGAAAAGGAGCCCGGAUCAGACGAAAAUGAAAAGGACUUCACCCAACCCUGUUUCAGGGCCUGUGAAGAGGAAACGUUCGGCCAUUUUCAUACCCCCGAUACCUUCAAAGACUAAUUCAACAACGCCUACAACCGAAGUCAGCAUUUGCAAGUUCAAAUUCACGGGAGGAUCGAAACCAUCUUUGCAAGAAAAGAAGAUGCUAUCAGUAGAUUCUGGAGGCAAUUUUAGAUACUACAGCGGGACUGGUAAUAAAGGAAAUAAAGGCUACGAUUACUUGCACAGGGAUUCAAAUCAAGGGAGAUCAACAGAGCCAGAGGCGUCGGUGUCCACGAAAGUUGACAGUCAAAGUACAAGUAAAGAAGAUUUGAGCAAGAAGAAGAGGAAGUCUAGAAAAAGUUUGCAAAGAGAAAAGUUAGAACAGACAUUUAAAGAGAAGGGAUUUUUGAUUCAAACUCAGCAGUUGCAGUCCGCUGAAGGGGCCACCUACUGCAAGUUCAGACAGCUAAGGAAGUUUACGAGAUACCUUUUUAGGAGUUGGAAGGAUUAUCUUCCAGGGGAAUUGGACGAAAGAGCGAAUAACACAGAAGUGCCCCCUGAACAACCGCCUGCAAAUGACCCUCCAACCGAAUGGAGUUGAUAUGUUCAUCGUUCUUUUUGAACCAAAGAAGUGUAAAUAUAUUAAUAAAUAGAAUCUUGGCUACUAAAACUGUUGGUGGCUAAAUAAUAUGCAUUUAUUGAGUACGUAGUGAGAUGUAAAAAAAUAUGAAAUUGUGCAAAUUCGCCGCUCCGUCCACUGUUUUGUUUUGUUGUCUAAAUGAUAUUUUUCGUUUGUAUAGUACCCGGAUGUAAAUACAUACAAUAAUUAAGCUUCGGAAUUAGACAUUUACUUAGUUUCGUCAUUCAAAAUAAGCUUCUACAAAUAUUUUGAAGGAAGUGAUUUUAAAUUAAUGUAGUGAGUUUGACUAAUAGACUUAGGAUCUCGAUUGUUUUGAAACUAUUUUAACAGGCUUUGGUAAUAUAAACGCUUAGGUUUAAUUGCACAAAGAACAUGUCAUAUAAAAGCCUUUGUACAACUAAACGAUGUUUUUAAAUUUUUUGAAUGAAAUGAAAUAAUAUUGUAUAUCUACUCUUUCGUUCCUUACUAGAAUUGUCAAGCUAUAAUGUUUUGUACUUACAACAUAAUAUUUUGAGAGUAAAACUCUCAAACUCGGAGGACCUACUAAAUAUGUAAUACAUAUAUAAAGGUUGAAUAUUGAAUGGCAUUGAAGUUUAGUGUCUUGAUACUUUGCCGUGGCAAUAAUAAAUCGCAAGAAAGAAUAUCUAUUUUUUCAACGUUUUAAGUAAAUAUAAUAAUUCAUAAACAAUAUUUGUAUAUUUUGUGAAUUAUUAAAUUUUCUGUUCUUAUUCAUGAUUAUACAGUGAAGGAUAUGUUAUAAUAUAUAAUAAGAUAUGUUUUGUUUAAAAUGCCCAAAAAAUAUAUUUCGUUGCUUAUCGAAUGUCAAAACUUUAAUUGUGGUUAUUAUUAAUACUUUACAAUUUGAAAUCAAUGCCGUGCCAAAACUAAAUCGCCCUUUUCCGAUCUCUGAUUUUAGGCUAUAAUAAUGCAUACUAACAGAGCUAGUCAAUCACCUCUAACUAAGCUGUAAGAUAGUUCAAAUAAUAUAUGUAAGAGUGUACAUACAAAAAUGAGAGGCAAUCUAGUCACUAAUUUAAGCUCACUUAUUAUUGUUAAUGUGUACAGUUAUACAGUUAUAUAAUAUAUUAAUAUAUGUUUUUAUACGAAUAAAAUACGUUUUUAUAAUCAAAAAGUUUAUUACAGAAAUCGAUUUAUUCUGUGAUGAAAAAUAUAUGAAAAUGCAAUCAACAGGAAUGUAAAACGUCCCAAUUAAACAUUAACCAAAAUAUGUUAAGUCUAUUAUUUAUAACAAUGAGAAAGGAAGCCCACAUAUUAGAAAAACAUGGAAAAAAAAAACUAUUUUUUUAAUCAUUUGUGCAUAAUUUUUAAAUAAACAAUUAAAACAUAGCCUUGGCCCCAUCAAAUAUAAGCUGGCAUGAAUAAAAUCUUAAAAUAUACCAACAUAUUGGAUUUUAACACUAUGUCCUUACGAGCUAACCCUUCAAAAAUCCAUCCAAAAACCAACAGUCUAUAUACCUUGUUCAGCAUACUAUGUAAAGGCACUUAUAGAUAUAUAUAAAAA